AACGUUUCUAAUAAUAUUUUUUUAUUGUGCUUCCCUUCUUUCUCUCUCUCUCUCUGUGUUUCCUUCCCCAGAUUCCAUCAUCUUCUUUCUGAAUAUAUCUGUAACAUAAAAAAUUAAAAACCCUCGAAUGUGCAAAUUUCUUCGUCGUCCCACAACUCCUUAUUCUUGUAACCAAACACGCCGUCUCUCUUUCUCUCAGAAAAAAAACCUAAUACUGAUCCACGCCUCUCAUAUUUCCGCCAUUAUAUCUAAUACAUCAAUCUUGGCCUCUCUUCGGUCCCUCUUCGUCCGAACAACUAUCCAUAUACUUCUGAUUUGCCGACACAUCAAUACUUAACGUUUCAAAACUUUCUUCUUAGGUUUUCAAAUUUUAAGCCAAUCCCGAUUUUAAUUACUGAUUUUCUUCUUCUUGUUUUUUAAUCGUCUAGGGUUCUACCGUUCUCUACUCCGUUAGUCUUGAUUUGUGAAAAUUUACAAUUGUGUAUUUUCCUUUAGGUAAUACUUUACCUCAAUGUUUGGAAGUAUUACUUGAGGAAAAUUUUAAAGAAACUCAACUACUGUAAUUAUUUGAAUACGAAUAACUUUGUUUAAUCCAGUAAAAUAUAAUCGGGUAGUUAUUGUGUAACCUGUUGUGGUUUUAAAUUUGUUUGUCUUGUUGUUGCGAGUGGUGGCAGCAUUUGGGGCUAAGUUUGGUGGAGGGAAAAUCAUAGGGUUUGCAUGGGAGAGCAUGAAGGGUGGACGGAGCCACCAAGUGGGCUAUUAUUAAAUGGUUUAUUGCCCAAUGAGGCCGCUUCAGUCAUCCGAGUUCUUGACUCCGAACGAUGGUUGAAGGCGGAGGAGAGAACUGCAGAACUUAUUGCCUGCAUUAAGCCCAACUCUUUUUCUGAAGAGCGCCGGAGUGCCGUUGCAGACUAUGUGAAGCGCCUUAUAGUCAAAUGUUUCCCUUGUGAGGUUUUUCCUUUUGGGUCUGUUCCCCUCAAGACGUAUUUGCCUGAUGGGGACAUUGACUUAACAGCUUUCAGUGUUCAAAAUUUAAAGGAUACAUGGGCACAUCAGGUGCGCGAUAUGUUGGAGGAGGAGGAGGAGAAAAAUGAGCAUGCUGAAUUCCAUGUGAAGGAAGUCCAGUACAUUCAGGCAGAAGUAAAAAUAAUAAAGUGUCUGGUGGAAAAUAUUGUGGUAGACAUAUCAUUUAGCCAGCUUGGAGGGUUAUGCACCCUUUGUUUCCUUGAAGAGGUUGAUCAUUUGAUAAAUCACAAUCAUCUAUUCAAGCGUAGCAUUAUAUUGAUUAAAGCUUGGUGUUACUAUGAGAGCCGUAUAUUGGGUGCUCACCAUGGACUCAUAUCAACUUAUGCACUGGAGACCUUGGUUCUUUACAUAUUUCAUGUUUUCAACAAUUCUUUUUCUGGACCGCUUGAGGUCCUUUACCGUUUUCUAGAAUUCUUUAGUAAGUUUGACUGGGACAACUUUUGUCUUAGCCUCUGGGGUCCUGUACCCAUCAGUUCACUUCCUGAUGUAACUGCAGAACCACCUCGAAAAGAUGGCAGAGUGUUAUUGCUUAGCAAAUUAUUUCUUGAUGCGUGUACCAGAUUUGGUGUUUAUCCUGUUGGGCAAGAAAAUCCAAGUCAACCUUUUGUUUCAAAACAUUUUAAUGUGAUUGAUCCUUUGCGUGUAAACAAUAACCUUGGACGCAGUGUUAGUAAAGGUAACUUCUUUAGGAUACGUAGUGCAUUUGCAUUUGGGGCUAAAAGGUUGGCAAGAUUACUUGAUUGCCCCAAAGAGGAUUUACUUAAUGAGGUAAAUCAAUUUUUUAUGAAUACUUGGGACAGACAUGGUAGUGGCCAUCGCCCUGAUGCACCAAGGAAUGACUUGUGGCGCUUGAGGUUAUCAAAUCCAGACCAUCAAGUUGAUUCUGAGAAUCUUCAUGCCAAUCCAAAUUCCAGCAGUAAAAGAAAUGAGGUUUCCUCUGGCCAUGAGACUCAAGUGGACAGGUCACAAGAAUCUUUUGGUGCUUCCUCUCAGCUUGGUAAUCAUCCUUCUGAAAGCACUACUAAAAGCAGUCAUGUCUCUACAGCUUCUCAUGCCCAGAUCCAAAGGAGUUAUAGCCACUUGAACAGCACCAAUCAGAUCAGGCGGGAAAGCAAUUCCAAUCAGAAAUUGCAGAAUGAUAAAGGUCUCAGAAGUUUUAAGCCUGAUAACUUGGCUAGUGACUCAAAAGGUAGGUAUCUUUUUGCAAGGACGCGCUCUAGCCCUGAGCUUACAGACACAUAUGGUGAAGUUUCUAAUCAAGGAAGACAUAGCAAAGCCUCUGAAAGUGGAAAAAGCCAACUUGCUUCAUUAAGGCUGGACAAUAGUCAGAGAAAGAACUUGGAAUCUGAUAUUUUGGUGAGUCAUGACAUCAGAUCUUCAACUGAUGGUCCAUCAUCUGCUAGUUGCACUUCAUCCCAUCAAAGUCUUGAUGUGCCUGCUGAUUCAAACAGUGUGUUGAAUAGUUACAAUGAUGAUUUAGUGAUGGGUGCCAUGGGCAAAGAGUUUUCUUCGGGUGUGGACAUAGGAGGGAUGCAACAGGAAGAGCAAGAUCUUGUGAACAUGAUGGCAAGCACUGCUAAUAAUUUUAAUGGACAGGUCCAUUUUCCACUGAAUAUGGACCCUAGUCACCUAACUCUUCCAUUCCCUCCUGUUCUAGCUUCAAUGGGAUAUUCUCAGAGAAAUUUAAGUGGAAUGUUCCCCAAUCUUCCCUUGAUUGAGACUCAAUCAGGUGCAAAUAUGCAAUAUCCCCAAAGUUUGGUCCCUUCACACAUGACCCAUUAUCUUCCUGGCUUUGGAUUGGCCUCAAAUCCAGAAGAUUCACAUGAACUUGGUAAUGAAAGCUUUGGUCCAUCAGAUUUGAACCUUGGGGAGGCUGAGCAGGAUCUUUGGCAUCAGCAGGAUCGGGGUUCCCUUGGUGGAUUCGAUCUCGAUUAUGGAAACUUUGAGAUUCUUCAGUCAGAUGAUAAGCAACAAUCAACUUCUGCUGGUUAUAACUUUUUCCCUUCAUCUCGAAUAGGUGGCUCUGGCACUUCUAGAAGAACUUCACCUAAAUUCACUAAGGACACUCAAGGGUCAACAAGGGAAGAUCAUGUUGAUUCGUUCCAUUAUCAAGAUAAUAGAGGUAAUGAGGUUCACUUUGAUGAUAAAUCUGCAAGUUCAAGGUCUAUGCCUGCUUCACAUACAAGUUCUCUAAGAAGCAAAACCAAUUCUGAGAGUUCUUGGGAAGGAUCAUCAGUAAAGGUUUCAAAAUUAGUUAAAGAAAAAAGGGGUCGGAAAACAGCUCCUACUGUUGCUUAUGGAAAAGGUAAGACUGUGUCUGAAUCUUCAUCUGUUCAGGCCGAUGAAGAUAGCAGAGAUUGGAAUCGUCCACCAACCAUGGGCACUGAAAUGGCAGAUAGAAGCACAGGACCUCAAUCUGCUGGUCCUUUGCAUGUUUCAAGGCAUCAAAUAGAAGGAUUGGAAGAAGCUCAAACAAGUGGAUCAGAUUCUAUUAUUCCCAUUGGUCCAAUGCUCUCUGGUCCAGAUUCUCAGCAUAGAGCUAUGGACAAUUCGGGGGUGGUUCCUCCCUACACAUUCUAUCCCACUGGGCCACCAGUUCCUCUUUAUCUUACAAUGCUUCCAGUUCCAUUUUGCAACUACCAGACUGAGACCGGAACUGCUGAUGCAUCAACGAGUCAUUUUAGUGGGGAUGAGGAACUGGGUAAUAGUGAUUCUGGUCAAAACUUUGAUUUGUCUGAGGGAAUUGACCAGUCUGAGGUGUCAAGUACUUCUAACUCUAUGAGUAGGUCUGAUUCUGUUGAGCCAUCAGAGAACAAGUCUGACAUUCUUAACAGUGACUUUCUUAGCCAUUGGCGAAAUUUACAAUAUGGUCGGCUUUGCCAAAAUCCUCAGCUAUCUCGACCUCUCAUUUAUUCUUCACCUUUUAUGGUGCCACCUGCCUAUUUACAAGGCAGAGUGCCAUGGGAUGGUCCUGGGAGACCCCUUUCAGCCAACAUGAAUCUUUUAACUCAGCUUAUGGGUUUUGGGUCUCGCCUUGUUCCUGUUGCUCCUGUUCAUUCUUCUUCUAAUAGGCCUGCUGGUGUAUACCAAAGUUAUAUGGAUGAAAUGCCAAGAUAUCGUGCUGGGACUGGGACCUACCUGCCAAAUCCUAAGGUUUCUCCAAGAGACCGGCAUUCCUCGAGUACCAGAAGGGGGAAUUAUAGCCAUGACCGAGGUGACCACCAUGGUGAAAGAGAAGGAAACUGGAAUGUCAAUUCCAAGUCACGAGCUUCUGGGCGUGGCCAUAAUCGUAGCCAAACUGAUAAACCAAGCUCAAGGCCAGACCGGUUAUCUACAAGUGAGAGUCGAGCUGACAGGCCUUGGGGUUCACAUAGACAUGAUAACUUCCAUUCAUACCACUCUCAGAAUGGUCCAUUUCGCCCAAAUUCUGCACAGGGUAGCUCUGUCAAUGUUGCAUAUGGCAUGUAUCCACUCUCAGCCAUGAACCCCAAUGGGGGGUCACUGAAUGGACCUACCAUUCGGCCUGUUGUCAUGCUGUAUCCUUAUGAUCAUAAUGCUGCAUAUGGUUCUGCUGAACAGCUUGAGUUUGGGUCUCUUGGACCUGUGGGUCUCUCAAGUCCUGAUCAAGUAUCACAGACUAGUGAGGGAAGUAGAUCAAGUGGGAUUUAUGAAGAACAGAGGUUUCAUGGAACCUCAGGUUAACGGUCUUCACCCAAUCAGCCUUCUCCCCACAUUCAGAGGGGGCUUUGAUUUUAUUGCCAGAUCAGUGGCCCAGAUGAAUUAUCAAUUGAAACAUGACGAUUUUCGUCUUCCUGCAUUUCUGGACCAGGGAGAGAAUGAUGGUAAGGAAAAAUAUAAUGGGAAAUCCUCACAUUGCAAAGAUUUUGUGCUCUCUCCUCAGUCCUCACUCAUAAAAAGGAGAUUUUAGUUAUGAUUUGGUUUUAUCUAACGAUUCUCCUGGAACAUGCUCUGCCUUUUGGCUUGUUUUGUACACUCGGGAGCUCAAUUUCUAACCUACUCUGGCAUUGAAAUGGUGGGACGCAAGGACUGGGUAAUUAGGCGUUCACUGUAGGAUUUCACACAUUGUAAUGUAACUCUGCUCAAGUAUAGAAUUUUAGGGUUUGAUCAUAAUGUUAUAAAAUUUAUUCGGUCAUGAUUUCUUUCAGAGAAUGUUACCGGUAGCUUGAUUCAUAAAGCCCCCAGCGUACAAGCUUUCUCUUUGUUUAUUAGACUCAAAUGACUUGUAUCAAUUGUUCACAGCUAGAAUAGAAUGGUUACGUGGGUUUGUUGUUAAUGAUACCGUGUACGUAGGUUUCUCUUUUGGAGUAAAUGUAAAAUUAGAAAUUUGGAUUCCCAA